UACAGAGGAGCCAGACAGAGAGCUGUAACCAGCAACAACCAGAGUUCUGGUGCCUGUUUGCAUCAGCUCCAAGCCUUGUUUUCCUUCCCUUGUGUGAGCGUUGCAGCUUCCUCUCCAGCCCAACGACUGAGGAUGGAUAAGGAGCUAUACUCAAGGCAGCUGUAUGUACUGGGCCUUAGUGCUAUGAAGAAGAUCCAGGAAGCCAAAGUCUUGCUAUGUGGCCUACAGGGCCUGGGAGCCGAGGUGGCCAAGAACCUGGUCCUUAUGGGUGUGGGCAGCCUCACCUUGUAUGAUCCCCAUCCUACCUGCUGGGCUGACUUGGCUGCUCAGUUUUUCCUCUCAGAAGAGAGCUUGGGAAGGAGCAGGGCUGAGGCCUCUCAAGCACAAUUGGCUCAGCUCAAUGAAGCUGUCCAGAUCUCUGUCCACGAAGGUGACAUCACUGAAGACCUACUUCAGGGCUUUCAGGUAGUGAUGCUGACUGACUCCAAGCUAGAGGAUCAGCUGAAGGUGGGAACCGUUUGCCACAAGCAUGGAGUCUACUUCCUGAUGGCUGAAACCCGAGGCCUUGUGGGGCGGCUAUUCUGUGACUUUGGUGAGGACUUUAUUGUUGUGGACCCUACCGAGGUAGAGCCUAUGACAGCUGCCAUCCAGGACAUCUCUCAGGGCUCCCCUGGCAUUGUCACCCUGAGAGGAGGCACCAAAAGACAUUCCUUCUAUGAUGGGGACUUGGUGAUUUUCUCAGACAUUGAAGGCAUGGUUGAACUCAACAGUGAUUCUCCACAGUCUGUCCGGGUGCAGAAAGACGGGUCCUUGGAGAUUGGAGAUACAGCAACUUUCUCCCGUUACUUGAGGGGCGGGGUUGUCACUGAAGUCAAGAGACCCAAGACUGUGAGGCAUAAGCCCCUGGACAUAGCUCUGCUUCAGCCCCACGUGGUGGCCCAGAAUACUCAGGAAGUACAACGUGCCCACUGCCUACAUCAGGCCUUCCAUGCACUGCACAUGUUCCAGCAACUUCAUGGCCGACUACCCAAACCCUGGGAUCCUGAUGAUGCAGAGACCGUGGUAAGGCUAGCCCAGGACCUAGAGCCACUAAAAGGGACAAAAGAAGAGUCACUGGAUGGGGCUCUACUCCGGACAAUUGCCCUGAGUAGUGCUGGUAGCUUAAGCCCCAUGGCAGCCAUUCUGGGAGGAGUGGCUGCCCAGGAAGUCCUGAAGGCUAUCUCCAAGAAGUUCAUGCCCCUGGACCAAUGGCUGUACUUUGAUGCCCUUGAAUGUCUUCCAGAAGAUGAGAAGCUCCUUCCCAGUCCUGAAGACUGUCAUCCAAGAAACUGCAGAUACGAUGGGCAAAUCGCUGUGUUUGGGACUGGUCUUCAGGAGAAAUUGAGCUACCAACACUACCUCUUGGUGGGUGCUGGUGCCAUUGGCUGUGAGAUGCUCAAAGGCUUUGCCCUAGUGGGCCUGGGAGUUAGGGCUAAUGGAGGGGUGACUGUUGCUGACAUGGACCACAUAGAACGCUCCAACCUCAGCAGGCAGUUCCUCUUCAGGCCCAAGGACGUUGGGAGGCCCAAGGCAGAGGUGGCCUCAGCAGCAGCCCGUCGUCUAAACCCACACCUACAAGUGACUCCAUAUACUUACCCACUGGAUCCCACCACAGAGGACAUCUAUGAUGACAGCUUCUUCUCCAGGGUGGAUGGUGUUGUUGCUGCUUUGGACAGCUUCCAGGCCCGGCACUAUGUUGCUGCUCGAUGCACCCACUAUCUGAAACCACUGCUGGAGGCAGGUACCCAGGGGACCCUGGGGAGUGCUUCAGUGUUUGUGCCACAUGUGACCGAAUCCUACAAGGGUCCUGCCUCAGCCUCAGCUUCCGAGGGUGAUGAUGCUCCCUACCCCAUGUGUACCCUGCGGCACUUCCCCAGCACAGUGGAGCAUAGCCUGCAGUGGGUCCAGGAUGAAUUUGAGGGGCUCUUCCGACUAUCUGCAGAGAACAUCAACUGCUACCAACAGACAUGUACUUCCCUGUUGGGCACGGAUAGGACAAGAACACUGGCCUUACUGCAGCAAGUGAUGGGUGUCCUAAGAACGCGCCCACAGACCUGGCGAGACUGCGUGGUGUGGGCUCUUGGCCACUGGCAAUUGUGCUUCUGUGAUAGGAUCGUGGAGCUGCUGAGACACUUCCCAUCUGAUAAAGUGCUUGAGGAUGGAACUCUGUUCUGGUCAGGAUCCAAAAAUUGUCCACAUCCCUUGCAAUUUGACCCCAACCAAGACAUGCAUUUCCUCUAUGUACUGGCAGCUGCCAACCUGUAUGCACAGAUGCAUGGGCUGCCUGGCUCACAAAGUCACACUGAACUCAGGGAACUGAUGAAGCUGCUGCUAGAGUCUGGCUCCACGCCCCAGAACCUCUUCUCUGCUGAGUUUGGCCAGGAACAGUUGAAGGAGCUGAAGGAAACCCUGGACAACUGGAGCAAGGGGCCCCCACUGAAGCCUGUGCUGUUUGGGAAGGUGGGGUCCCAAGAGAGGGAUGAUGAUGGCAACUUCCAUAUGGACUUUGUGGUAGCAGCAACAGACCUGCGAUGCCAGAACUAUGGGAUCCUACCAGUUAACCAUGCUCGGAUCAAGCAAAUCGUGGGCCGGAUUAUCCCAGCCAUUGCCACCAGUACAUCAGUUGUGGCAGGCUUAUUGGGUCUGGAGCUGUAUAAGGUGGUAAGUGGGCCACGGCCCCGUGGUACCUUUCGUCACAGCUAUCUGCACCUGGCUGAAAACCACUUCAUACGCUCAGCGCCUUCUGCCCCAGCCAUCCAGUCGUUCCAGCGCCUAAAAUGGACCUGUUGGGACCGCCUGAAGGUGCCUGCUGGGCAGCCUGAGAGGACACUGGAAUCACUGCUGGCCUGUCUCCAGGAAGAACAUGGACUGAAGGUGGAGAUGCUACUCCACGACCAGGCUCUGCUCUACUCGUCAGGAUGGCCAUUUGAAAAGCGGGCUCAGCACCUGUGCCUCAGGGUGACAGAACUGGUUCAGCAGCUGACCGGCUGGAAGCCCAAGCCUGGGCUGAGGGUUCUGGUGCUGGAGCUGAGCUGUGAGGGCGAGGAGGAUGAAACGGCUUUCCCACCUCUGCAUUAUGAGCUGUGCCGAGGUAGCCACCACGCCACCACUUGGCCAUAAUGAACUCUGCAUAAAAUUCCUGCAUCUUCAGCCCACAGCAGACAGAAUCCUCUUCCAAAACGUCGGAGGCCCUGAACUGGCGUUUGGGCUGUAUAUUUUGAUCAGUUUUGCGUUUUGGUUGCAGUGGGCCAGACAUUGGAGGUGAGCCUGUGUCCCGAGCACACAACUGGAGAGAAAGAUAGGGCAAAUGUUUGACAGGGAUUUCUUAGUCUCUGACCCCUUAGUGUCUGACCAAACCAGCCCCGAGAAUGGAGGGUUCAGAAGGACUUGAAAAGCCUCUGGGCAGCAAGGCGGAACUGUAAGCAUGGGGGCACUGGCACUCGAGGCUCAUGUGGCUUCCAUCCGCAGAGCUGGUGGCAGUCCGGCAGGCUGCAGCACGCAGGGCCGGGCAAGUCAGCACGCGCCACCAGGGCGGGCAGGCAGAGUAGAGGAAGGAGGUACAGGCCAGCCCAUGGUAGGGGAUGUCCACAGCAGCACAGCACUUUUUUAGGCCCUGGGUGCUCCCUGUCGGUCCCCAGAAGAAACUUCUUUCCCCAACUCUCCUUCCCCCAACCCCCGCCGCCAGCACAGCCAGCUGGGCGCCUGUUACCUGAUGCCCAGAACAGUUCCCAACCGUCAGAAACCCGAAGCGGGCCAUCUGGGCCAUCUGUAGCGCACUACCCUGCCCCCAUCCUGACUCUGAUGGGCACCCGGAGUCCACCCCGUUGUCGUUUGUUGUUCCAGCCAGGCGGCAGCCACGCACCCCACACACAUCUUCACAACCACACCCACUCCAAAGACUCACCAGUUCCCAGCGGAGCUGGCUCAGGAAGCUGUCAAACCGAGCGCUGUGCAUGUUGGUGCUGGUGCCGUACUCUCUCCAGGUCGUCCGGCUCGCCCGCCGAUCACCCGCGGAAGCCGCUCAGAGUGGGCCGGGUCGGCCCGCCAGUGGCGUCCUCACCCUUGCCUUACUUCAAGGCUCCUUGCUCUCGGUAGCUCCCGCCGCUGCCGCCCCAACAUCUGGCAGCCGCGCCCCGCC